AUGGAGUACAAAAAGUUCUUCAAAAACACUUCCAUGAAGCGGGGCGAACAAUUAAAGGUGGAAGUGUCCAGGCAGCAUAAAAUUCAACGCGCCAAAUCCCGCCAUGCAAUGCGUCAAACGUAUCGUAAUAUGGAAUGCGAUUCGGAAGAGGAGAACGAUGUGCCGAAUGAGUUGUUCCGGCAGCAGCAGCAACUGUAUCAGCAUGUGGUGGUCACUAACAACAAAAACCUUUCGGAGGAGGAACGCUACCUCAUCCGGCUGCAGCGUUUGCAACAGUUUCACGAACAGAAGCGUCGAAAGCAGGAGAAACAGAGCGUACCGUCAUUGGCGUCUGGGGACCAAAACACAGCUGAAAAGGUGAUGCCACUCGGCGAAAGGGCGAUUGUGGUUAGUGACAAAACGCCUUCUGUUAACAAGAAGUACGUAAAACCACGGGUAGACUGCUGGCGUACGGAAAAGAUAGUCAGUAAUAGAACUGAAAACAAACCACCGUGUAAACCUUUAUCGGAGAAAAAAGUUGCACCCAUCAAAUCAGUUGAGCGUCCGGUAAUACACAAACCGGUACUGAAACGAACGAAAGAAACUCAGCAACCAGCUGUCGUGAAGCAGCAGGUGAAACUCAUACGCCAUGCUUUGCCUCGUUCACAGACCACACAGCCCACAGGGCGACCAUUAUCGCAGAAGAAACCACCGUUUACGUUUAAAUUAAAACCGCCUUCUCCGUCCGCUGCAGACGGCUCGUCUAAGAUGGUAACGUCGACUGUACGAAAAUACCGGAAACCCUUCACAUUUUCCUUCGAACCGUCGUCCGAGAGUAAGCAGCAAAAGGCAACAUUAACCGUCAAUAAAGCGAAUGAUCUGUUCGAUGGCAUAAGUCCGAUCGAGGUAGAAUCUCCACAGCCAAAGGCAAAGGCAAAGGUAAAUGGUGUAAAACAUUCAUCACCAAUGGCACGCGAAGUUGGUGUCCCGCUGAAAACAGAAGAUUCUCUUUGGGAACCACAACCCGUAGCUUGUUUGUCGGUUAUCGAUGCAACCGUACACGAGAAUGUCAAUCCAGCUGUGGUCGAUACAGCCAAAGCUGUUCCAUUAGGGCGUGAUUGUUCUGUUAGCGAUUGGGUACCGGCUACCGUACAUCAAAUCACAAGCGAUACGAUUGUAAUCGACGACGACGAAGAUGACGAUGAGGUAUUUGUGAAAACGACGCAUCAUAUCCCGACGGUCCCUGUACAGGAUGAUCGUACCAGGAAGCCGGCUUUGAACGAAUCUUUCACCAUAAGCGUUGGGACUGUGCCGACGAAUGAAGUUCCCAUGAUUGUCUCCUCGGAACCAAAAACUGCUGAAUUAUCGCCGGAACAGCUAAACAGUGAACCGCCAGUUACUUUAAAACAGCAGGAAAGUAAUCAAUCCAUCGAACGAGUUCGCAAUAGCUCGCCAAAGGAUAAUCAACUGAACGAGUCAAUGGUACGGAAGCGCGCAUCAUUGAUUUUCACGGAAGAACCGAUAGACUGUGUCAUCGUUCCCAGCAGAACCAACUUAACGCUUGAAGAAAAACAGCGCAGCUCGGUUGGUGAUGAGAAAAAUUCAUCUAUUAGCGAAACUUCCCGGCGUCGUAGCUCGGUGAUGUCCCCCAAAGAACCGGACGACGCCGCGCCGCCCAAAGAUGUGGAAGAAAAGACACGAUUUUACUAUGAAAAGGUUGACGGUGAGGUGAACCGUCUGCAAGCGUUGUGUGACCAGUACGCGCCAUUUCUGGAAACCGAACAGGAGCUGAACGAUCACUGCCGCGGGUUAAUUCUUGCUGCCCAGGGACAAACAAACAUUCUGAUCAAAAAGAAACUUUCGAAAUUCCGCGAAUUGAUUGGCCACUACGAGAAGAAGUGGAACGACCGCAAGGUACGGCAUGACGAUUUGGAUGGAUUUUGGGUAAUGCUUGCGCUGGAUCUGGACAAUCUGGACAGACGGUUUGAGGAGUUGCGGUUGCUAAAGGAAAACAACUGGCAGGAGGUGGUUCCGGAGGAACCACAGCCCAAGGUAAAGAAACUUCAGGGCGGUGGUGGUGUACGAAAGCGCGAGAAGAAACCAUCCAAUGGCAAGAAGGGUUCCUCUUCCGUUAUUGCCGAUCUGAUACGCAAGGCUAGACAGGAAAAGCAAAAGCAAAAGACAACGGUUGAAGAUUUGGACGCGUUAAAGGAAACGGUUACCGUUGUGACGACACCGGUCAAACGAUCGGUGCGCUUUGGAGAGUCUCCUCAGCGCGUCAGUUUGCAGAAGCGUUCGAGUCUGUGUACCGGUUGCACACCAACCACUGUUCACUGGGACGAGGGACCGAAAACGGAUCGUUCCAAGCGUCAUACCAUUUUCCCCGAUAUCACACAGAGCAAAUCGGAACGCGUCAAAUCGAUAUUGAAACCGUCCGCCAAAGCUAAUCGUACUAGACGCGCCAAAAGCGUGCUCUUCUUGGAUUCGGGACUCGAUACACCACAAGCCCGCCGACGACAUUCGUCCCGCACGAUCGUAGAUACACCGAAACCGAAGAUCAAGUUUAACGAUGAGCUCGAAAUAGAACAUAUCGAUAAUCUGGCCGCUCGAACGCCAUCACGGCUCGAGGUAGAGAUACAGAAACGCCGUCAGCAAUCGCUGCUGGAUUCAGUUUCAGUGCAACUUACAGCUAACAGCGACAUUGACGACGAUUGCGAGCAGCAGAAGAAAGUGCGCAAACCACGUGGAACCCCACGUCCGGAUAGCAGUGCGCUUAGACGAUCCAAUCGACGAUCGGCGCGUUGCUUUACUGCGGAUUUCGAUGAGGAGUCGAGCAAUAAUAAUGACUCCAAUGCUGAAGAGGACGAAACAGGAACCGCCAAACGAUUGACACGUUCAUCGAGGAAUGCUCGCAAGAAGAUUUUCGAUUAA